CCCGUCUCACGUCUCGUAACAAACUCACGCCUCACAAGUUCACAACACGAUCGGCGAGCGAGCCAGCUUUGCUAAGGCCAUGGCUGCAGCCCUCGCCUUCGUCGUGGUCCUCCUCGCCGCCGGCGCCGGCGCCUCUACGGCGACCACGCUGACGAUCCACAACCUGUGCCCGCACCGGGUCUGGCCGCUGGUCACCCCGAACUCGGGCCUCCCCUCCAUCUCCGACAACACGGCGGGCCUCGACCCCAACGCGCUCCUCUCCCUCUCCUUCCCGCCCACCUUCUGGGCGGGGCGCGUCGCCGCGCGCACGGGCUGCGACGCCGCGGCGUCGGGGUGCUGGACGGGCGCCGCGCCGCCGGCCACCGUCGUGCAGGUCACCGUCCACGACGGCGGCAACCUGGACCGGGCCGCCUACAGCGUGAGCCUGGUGGACGGGUUCAACGUGCCCGCGGUGGUCACCCCGCACGCCGCCGCCGGCGGGCAGUGCCCGGCCCUCGGCUGUGCCGCGGACCUCAACUGCGACUGCCCGCCCGCGCAGCGCGCCGCCGAGGGCGCCGCGUGCCUCGGCCCGCCGGGGUUCUUCAAGAGCCGGUGCCCGCUCACCAGGACCACUCCCACCGACGUGGAGCCCACGCCGCAGAGCUGCCGCGGGCCGGGGGAGAUCAAGGUCGUCUUCUGCCAGGCGACCAUUGUCACUGGCGCCGCCGCGGACGCCGAGGCCAUGGUCAUCCGCUCCGUCGUCGCCGACAGCUAGAUCCAUCGAGGCGUCCCAUCUCGAUUGGCAUAGAUGGCUUCGUGUGUGAAAUCGUUGUUGCCAUGAAUCCUUUUGUCCAUGUGUGUUUAGUCGGGGACUUCUCCUUUGGCUUCGACGCGUGUACUCCUUCCGGUGUCAGUAGAAAUCAGCCCUGAAGCAAAAUAAUAAUGCAAGUUUUUAAACCUCAAUGUCAAUCUUUUGUCUUUAUACAAGCAAAACUUAUCAUGUUCAGGUAAA